GAAGCGGGAGAGGGAAAGCGAGCCAGACUGGAAGAAGCGCCCCGGAGUCUCUCCAACCAGAAAGAGAUAAACAACCGAUUGGGAAUUUCUCGGGCCGCUGUCACCCCCGGAGAGCAGCCGGAGAAUCACCAUCACCCCAACUCUGACGUUUCCUACAAGAAGUUAGAGACUUAAGCAGUACUGGCAUCGGAGGGAAAUGGUAUGCUGGAUGCUGUGGGAAAUACCCCUGAGCGGGAGAAGUGCGACUGGAUGCUGUGCGUGUUAAAUACCAGAAGAGCCCAGACCCCCUGGGCCACAGAGACGAAAUGUGGAGAGAAUAACGGCAAAUCCGUGCAUUUGUUCUCUGGAGUUGCUAAUUUGCCAGCCCGAAGCAACACAUUUCACCGGGAGGAAACGUUUUGCUGCUCCUGAUUUCUCCCCAAACUGGUGCUACCAGAUGCAUGGCUUUCUAUGUGUGGGAACAAAUCGUUCCUAACUGCAGCAUACCGGGAAAGGGGAAAGGUUGAGGCAACUAAACGUAAGUGUAAAGUUUCGCAUGCACGAUUGUAAAUGCUGUGUUUAGAUAUGUCCUCGGUGCAGACGGGGGGAAUGUUUGUAAUUGGGUAGACGGUCGGGGCAGAACUCACCCACUAGGCUGUAUCUGCAUCCCUACCUGCAUCACCCUGCCGGAACUAAUCACGGGCAUCAGCCACCGUGCAGCUAAUGCAGAUGAGAUCAGAGCCGGGGAACUGACCAGUUUUACUCUAGUGGGUGGCUGUCUGGAGCCUUGCACCCGUUUAAAUUGCAGUUGGGGGAGCAUCUAAGCAGGCGCCUUUGAACCUGCAUUAUCGGGUUGCAGUAUUUAUGUGUGGCAGAUGUUACUAAUAUUAUAACAGAGACCGGGGUUAAGAAACUGCAUUUCCCCCCUCUUUUAGGCUCUGUAGGAAAUAGUGUGCUGUUACGUGGAAAUAUUGCUGCGUUUCACAUACACCUUUGACACUCUCUUUCACCUCUAGGAUAAGAAAUCUUAUAUGAUUAUUUUGUAAAGUUUUAAUGUGUUUAUUAAUGCUAAUGGGGUUAAUUUGGCAACAUGGAGAAAUGAGAGCAAGGUCUGGAUAAGACAUUUGAAGUCUUGGUGUUGUGCUUUUAGGCAGUACGGAUCUGUAGUGGCCGGUGACUAUUGCUGCUGAUGCUGCAGCAUGUCCGAUGCUCGUUUCCCUGGAAGAUUGUGUUAGAAGGCAGUUGAAGAACUGGAGGGAAAGAAAGGCAUAGUCCUUUUAGAAAGAAAAGAAGAAAAAAAAAAAAAAGAGAGAUGACUCAGUGUGGCAGAGGAGAAAACUCAUCACAGUUGACAUGUGACAAAGCAGUUAGCAGGAAGCACAGCUAAAUACUUAGUGUUUUUCACUUCCACCUAAAAAAAUAAAAUAAAAUAAAACUAAGGGAGGUGGGCUAGAAACCAGGAGGCAGGUAAGCCAGGGGGAGGGGAGGAGGAGAACAAGAAUUCAAGAAUGCAUGUUUUGAAUUAAACGGUGUCCUGAAAAACAGUGUGGGUGACUACAGGUAAAAAUAGCAGCUGUCCUGAAUUCAAAAGUAGAUGGUUUUAUUUUUCUCUGGCCAAAUGCAACAAGCAGGGGACGUUGAGUGUUUUUUUAUCCACAGAGUUAACUUGCGAACAGUGGCAGAGCAAACUGCCAUGUUUACUAAUAUGCGGUGGAAAAUGUGCCGUAAUGUUUCGUGACUGUGUGUUUCUGUGUGCUGGAGAAUAAUAUUGUCUGUACAAUUGUGUUGACAGCGGCUGUCUCCAAAUAAGCGAUGAGAUGUAAUGCAUCCUCCGGCCCAUGCACGCUUCCUCUUGCAAUCCGUGCAUCCUUCCUCAGUGGGAACCUUUAAGCCCUAAAAUUCGGGAAAAGAAAAUAAAUACAUUAUCAUGGACCUGAGGGAUUUUUACCUGUUGGCUGCUCUGAUUGCCUGUUUAAGGCUGGAUUCCGCAGUAGCUCAAGAACUUAUUUACACCAUUAGAGAGGAAUUGCCUGAAAAUGUGCCCAUAGGAAACAUACCAAAGGACCUGAACAUUUCUCACAUCAGUGCUGCCACAGGGACCAGUGCCAGCCUUGUCUACAGACUGGUUUCUAAAGCCGGGGAUGCCCCUUUGGUGAAAGUGUCCAGUAGCACUGGGGAGAUUUUCACAACCUCCAAUAGAAUAGACAGAGAGAAACUCUGUGCCGGAGCCUCUUACGCUGAGGAGAAUGAGUGUUUCUUCGAACUUGAGGUGGUGAUCCUCCCCAAUGAUUUUUUCAGGCUGAUCAAAAUAAAAAUAAUCGUGAAGGACACCAAUGAUAAUGCCCCCAUGUUUCCAUCUCCUGUCAUCAAUAUUUCGAUUCCAGAAAACACUUUGAUCAACAGCCGCUUCCCAAUCCCCUCAGCCACAGAUCCCGACACAGGCUUCAACGGUGUUCAGCAUUACGAACUGUUAAACGGGCAGAGUGUGUUUGGACUGGAUAUUGUGGAGACUCCGGAGGGAGAGAAGUGGCCGCAGUUGAUUGUUCAGCAAAACUUGGACCGAGAACAGAAAGACACCUAUGUGAUGAAAAUCAAAGUAGAGGAUGGGGGCACUCCGCAGAAGUCCAGCACGGCCAUCCUGCAGGUCACAGUGAGUGACGUGAAUGACAACAGGCCAGUGUUUAAGGAGGGCCAGGUGGAGGUCCACAUCCCCGAGAACGCUCCUGUGGGCACCUCUGUAAUUCAGCUCCACGCCACUGACGCCGAUGUGGGCAGCAACGCUGAAAUCCGGUACAUUUUUGGUGCCCAGGUCGCCCCUGCUACCAAAAGACUCUUUGCUUUAAAUAACACUACUGGGCUGAUCACGGUCCAGAGGCCCCUCGAUCGAGAGGAGACGGCCAUUCACAAAGUGACAGUGCUGGCCAGUGACGGCAGCUCCACUCCCGCUCGAGCCACCGUCGCCAUCAAUGUGACCGAUGUAAACGAUAACCCCCCUAACAUAGACCUCAGGUACAUCAUCAGCCCCAUCAACGGCACGGUGUAUUUAUCCGAGAAAGACCCCGUCAAUACCAAGAUCGCCCUGAUCACCGUCUCCGACAAGGACACGGACGUGAAUGGCAAAGUGAUCUGCUUCAUCGAGAGGGAGGUCCCGUUUCACCUGAAGGCCGUGUACGACAACCAGUACCUGCUGGAGACCUCCUCCCUGUUGGACUACGAGGGCACCAAAGAAUUCAGCUUUAAAAUCGUGGCCUCCGACUCGGGGAAGCCCAGCUUAAAUCAGACGGCCCUGGUGAGGGUGAAGCUGGAGGACGAGAAUGACAACCCGCCCGUUUUCAGCCAGCCCGUCCUGGAGCUGUCGGUCCCCGAGAACAACCGGCGCGGCUUGUACCUGACCACGGUCAGCGCCACCGACGAGGACAGCGGGAAGAACGCGGACAUCGUCUACCAGCUGGGGCCCAACGCCUCCUUCUUCGACCUGGACCGCAAGACGGGCGUGCUGACCGCCUCCAGGGUCUUCGACCGGGAGGAGCAGGAGCGGUUCGUCUUCACCGUCACGGCCCGGGACAACGGGACGCCCCCGCUCCAGAGCCAGGCGGCGGUGAUCGUCACGGUGCUGGACGAGAACGACAACAGCCCCAAGUUCACCCACAACCACUUCCAGUUCUUCGUGUCCGAGAACCUGCCCACGCACAGCACCGUGGGGGUGAUCACGGUGACGGACGCGGACGCGGGCGAGAACAAGGCGGUGACUCUCGCCAUCCUGAACGGCGGCGGCGGCGGCGGCGGCGACAACUUCGUGCUGGACCCCUCCUCCGGCGUCAUCAAGUCCAACGUGUCCUUCGACCGGGAGCAGCAGAGCUCCUACACGUUCGACGUCCGGGCCACGGACGGCGGGCAGCCGCCCCGCUCCUCCACGGCCAAGGUCACCAUCAACGUCAUGGACGUCAACGACAACAGCCCCGUGGUCAUCUCCCCGCCGUCCAACACGUCCUUCAAGCUGGUGCCGCUGUCCGCCAUCCCGGGCUCGGUGGUGGCCGAGGUGUUCGCCGUGGACAUCGACACGGGGAUGAACGCCGAGCUCAAGUACACCAUCGUGAGCGGCAACGGCAAGGGCUUGUUCCGCAUCGACCCGGUCACGGGCAACAUCACCCUGGAGGAGAAGCCCGCCCCCGCCGACGUGGGCCUGCACCGCCUGGUGGUCAACAUCAGCGACCUGGGCUACCCCAGGGCCCUGCACACGCUCGUGCUCGUGUUCCUCUACGUCAACGACACGGCCGGGAACGCCUCCCGCAUCCACGACCUGAUUCGCCGGACGAUGGAGACCCCCCUGGACAGGAACAUAGGCGACGGCAGCCGGCCCUACCAGCACGAGGACUACCUCACCAUCGUGAUCGCCGUCGUGGCCGGCGCCAUGGUGGUCCUCGUGGCCAUCUUCGUCACCGUGCUGGUGCGCUGCCGCCACGCGUCCAGGUUCAAGGCCGCUCAGCGGAGCAAGCAAGGGGCCGAGUGGAUGUCCCCCAACCAGGAGAGCAAGCAGAGCAAGAAGAAGAAGAGGAAGAGGAGGAAGUCUCCCAAGAGCUCCCUGCUGAACUUUGUGACCAUCGAAGAGGCCAAGCCCGAGGACGCGGUGCACGAGCCCAUCAACGGGACCAUCCGCCUGCCGGCUGAGCUGGAGGAGCAGGGCAUGGGGAGGUUUGACUGGGGCCCCGCGCCGCCCACCACCUUCAAGCCCAGCAGCCCCGACCUGGCCAAGCACUACCAGUCCGCCUCUCCGCAGCCCGCCUUCCACCUGAAGCCCGACACGCCCGUGUCCGGGAAGAAGCACCACGUGAUUCAGGAGCUCCCUCUGGACAACACCUUCGUCGGGGGCUGCGACACCCUCUCCAAACGCUCCUCCACUAGCUCAGAUCACUUCAGUGCCUCGGAGUGCAGCUCCCAAGGAGGCUUCAAGACAAAGGGCCCCUUGCACACCAGACAGGGGCCUUCUAAUGACCAUCAAUUUCUGUUGGAUUUUGGAACACUUUUGCUGCUUGAUAUAUGAAGUUUCAUCCUCAGAUAAUUGAAGAUUAACUAUGUUUAAAGGAGGUCAUCAGUAAUACCUACUAGGAUAAGUUUCCAGACCCAUCAGGUUCAACUUUGUUCUGGAGUACCCUUUCUCAAAUUGUGAU